GGAGGAGCCCUUCUGGUAACAAGCUGACCCAGUAAUCUCUGCCGAAUAACUGCUGCGCAGUAAAUUCCUGCUCCUUUCGUCUGGUGGUACCGUAGCUUUUAUUCCUCCAUAAGCAUAAACAGUCUCUGGCAGGAUGUCCGUCUCCGUGACCAAAGCUGAUGGGGUCACUGUGAUCACUUUGACCUCUGACCCCCGGAGUCCUUGGCCUCCACUUUACCAAAUCUUGAAGGCCCUUUGCUACAACCCUCUGUGCUGCACUGUGUCUCAGCACCUUCGGAGGGUUCAGGGCAUGUCUCAGUCAGUACUUGCGACUCUGCACAUCAUGGUUGGAUUGCUCAACAUUGGCUUUGGAGGGAUUGACCUGGCAUUUGAUCCUUUUAGCGGCUUUCCUUUUUGGUUGGGUGCAUUGUUCAUGGUGUUUGGCAUCAUGUGCAUUUUAUCUGAGAAGUACCCCAGUCCAUGUCUGGUCACCCUCAAUGUGGUUCUGAAUCUGGCAGGAGUUAUUUUUGCCAUUGCAGCCAUUGUACUCUACAGCAUUAGCAUAGCAUCGACGUGGUUGUGGUGGUCGUGCUCAUAUGACUAUUAUGGAGAGUGGACGACAUCGAGUCCAUUUCCUGCAAAGGAGUUCAUGAAGGAGAGGUGCCUUCAAGGCCAAGAACUGGUCCUGAUGUUCCAAACAAGCCUCAAUGCUGUGAUGAUUGUCCUGUCUGCCCUGGAGCUCUGCGUCACCAUCAGCUCUGCCGUCUUGGGGAUCAAGGCUCUGAGGAGCAGUGCAAAGGGAGAAAAGCAGAGCACUGGUGACUCAGAGCUCUACAAACCACUACUGGAGGAAGUCACCACCAAGCAACCGUAAAGCCUAAAUGAAAAUCUCUGCUUUGUGUCAUUAGAUACCAGGAACUGUACGCUUUCGCAUUUAUGCCAUUGACUGUAGGUACUGUAAUGUCAGUGAUUCAAACAAAUUCAGCUGGUACAAUCUCUGCCAAAUUUCUGGCUCUAUUUCUGCAAGCAGUUGCUUAAAAAUAUUUACACUUUGUCUUUCAGAGUAGUUAUGGCAAUAAUCUGCACAACUUAUGCUGCUUUCCAUUUCAUUCUCUAAAUGUUUUGUUGAACCCAGUGAUUAUGAUUUUCUAUCGAGUAAUGUGCCUUAGAGUCAGCGUGUUUGCAGGUAAGAGGUAAGUUCUUACGUGUGUGGGACUGAUAGAAUGUUAAAGUAAAGGUAUUGAAACUAUUGACUGUUACGAAUUUCAUUGUUGUGUGUAUUUCUUAGCUGUACAUUGUUUGAACUAUUUGUGCUCUUAAUGUACAAAUAGAAACAGUAACUGUAAGUUAUCGUUCCUAUUUGGAGUUUGUGGUGAAGAAAGAUUUACAAUUUCACAAUGCCAAUUUAAAAUUAAAUAAAUGAUUAAAACUUUAAUCUGACCUGUAAUAAAAUUACUAUAUUGUAUGUACAGUA